AUGGGUCUCUUCUCGCGCAAGAAGCAGCGCGACCCCCAGCCGCAGCCGGGUCCUUCAACCACCGCGACGACGGGCUCUGGUGCACGCGCAUCCCAGCCCUCGUCGAGCGGCGCAAGGGACAGCCACGCCUCUCCAACCUCCUCGACAUACUCCUCCCUCCCUCCCCAGCCCGACUCGCGCCACGGAAAUCCCGCCUCGCCGCCUCUUCCCUCCCCACUCGAGCGCAACCGCGUCUUCGGAGCGCUCGGCUCCCGCGCAACGUCGAGCACGCUCUCGCUCCCUGCGUUCGGGCUUGAUGCGCGUGCGGCAGAACCGAGACGGAGACAGGUCUCGGCGAUGGGGACGGGCGCGGUGAAUGAGUCUCAGGCGCGGGAGGAGCGGGACAAGGGCAAGUGGAGUCGGUGGAAGAUCGGGAGGGGGUCGAAGCAGCGCAGGGGCAGUGUUUCGAGCUCGUACGGCGCUGGAGGAGCGGCGGGGGGAGAAGCGGACGACGACGGGAGCGGGUUCGUCGUCAAGUCGUUCAGGACCGUCUCGCGCGUCCACGAGGAUCCGAUCCCUUCGCGCCCUUCGUACUCCUCAACUAGACCUCCCCAACCUACUCUGCCGCACCUCCCAACCUCCGCCCCGCCAUUCGACGCCCACGACUCGGCCCAACAACAGGAAUCCCUCCGCUCGUCACUCGACUACGGCUCUUCCCGCCCUUACCCUCGCCGCCCCUCUCUCGCUACUAUCGGCGCACCGAACCCCUCUACAGGGACAUGGGACCCCGCCCCCUCGCCCACCAUUACAGCCGAAGCCUUCCGACUCGCUUCCGCACGCUCAAAAUCGUCCGUCUCGCUCGCAUCUCUCGCGAAUGGGCUGGACGACCCUUCUUCGCCCGUCGAGACUUCAAGACCGCGCUUCGAGCCGCAAAGACCGGCCAGUCGCACGAGUCGCCGCGGAUCGAGUUACUCCGAGCAGGGGAUCCUAGUCCCGCCUCGACCGUCGUUCGCGAUGGGCCAGCAAUCCAACGGAUCGAGCUCGUCGAUUCAUUCGCGCGCGUCGUCGAAUGCCUCGCUUCAACUCGGAGCAAACGGGUUGCCUGGCCCUGCGGAAGGUGCGGAUCGCGCGGCGUGUACUGCAAGACCGACUGGCGCGCUGAGGCCGUCCGAGUCGACUUUCUCUGUCUCGUCGUUCACCACCGCACCAGAAGGUCGAUCCGGAACCUCUACUCCCCGUCCGCUGAGCCAAGUUGGCGGUCCCUCCUCCGCCCCGCCUCGUCGACCAGGUCCCGCAAAGCGCAUGUCAACAGACGACUCCGAGCUGCGACUGAUCGCUUCGUAUGGGGACAUGAUCAGUUCGAGUCCGCCGCUCGGCUCGCCAAUCGACUUGCCGGCUUCUUUCCAUUCCCCCGCUGCUGCGCCGUUCCCUACCACUCGCCGCACCUCACUCGAGACACCCCAGAAAGGGGACACUACACGCCAGACGCGCACAUCGACCCUCUCGACCGCCCCCUCAGUCGCCGUCCAGCCUCCUACGCCGCAGUCUGCGUCUGGGUUCUCCCCUGUCCCGAAGGAGGAGGCGCAGGGGUUCGUGAGGCCCAAACGGACUUCUUCGCUUGCGCCUGAGGGGGUGAAGAGUGCGUUGCGAGGGAUGGGCGUCGGAGGAGAGAAGGGAAAGGGGAAGGGCAAGGCAAAGGGGUGGGUGAGCGAUAGCAGCGAUGAUGAGGGCGCGAGUAGCGGAUCAGACUCGGACAAGGACGACGAGGUACCGCUCGCUACGAUUCGGAGUCGAAGUCAGACGGAUUUGACGCUCCGCUCGAGUAUGGAUGGUGGGUCGAGGACGCCGGUGCUCGAGCAGCAGGGGCUGAGGCAUCAACCGAGCGGCGAGUUGGAGGUGCUGAAGGACGCCACGUCGCCUGUCAAGAGCUUGUUCGGGCCGGACGCGAGGCGUGCAGCGUUGGGCGUCUCGCCCCUCCAGCGCAGGGGGUCAAACAGGCGCAGCGUGUCGACGCUCAGCUUCUCGACGAGCAUGACGGUGUCGCAAGCUGCGGCCGCCGAAGCGCCGUCGACUACUGCGCCUGCGUCGCCGACGACGUCGACUAUGCGCCCGCCUUUCCAGCCUCGGUCUGUCUCGAACCCUUCGACACCGACUAUCCCGCCUCUCAGCGCGCUUUCAGCUUCCGCUGCGUCGUCCGCUACCGCCACUCCCGUCCCUUCUCCGCUCUUCGCUACUUCUGCGCGCGACAGGUCGUCCGCCUCCUCCGGCUCCGGCACAGCAUCCAGCUCGUCCGUCCCGCACACGCCAAAGGACAACUCUCCCAACGUCUCGGACCUCAACUUCUCCACCGCCGCCCCGGCGCACGUAUCCAAACCGUCCGUCAAGUUCGACUUGGGCUCGACCGCGGACGAGGCGAGGUGGAACAAGGGUCGGCGUAUGAGUACGCAGUCUGCGCUCGGAGGGGGGUCAUUCCUCCACCCACCUUCGUCGCUCGGCGCGCCGUUCGCGCAUCGCUCGAACCCGAGUCUGCCGACUUUCGCUGGGUUCGGUAAACCUACCGUCGCGAGCGUGCGAGACGCCUCGACUCACGGCCGUACUGCCUCCGCUCUCGCACCAACUCCCGCCUCUCGCCAACCCGCCUCGAACGCCUCGACGUCCGGUAUCGGCUCGUCCUCCUCCUCGACCGCCGUCGAAGAGACCGUCUACGACCGCAUGAAAGCGCGCCACAAAGCCGAGGCUAUCGAAGCGCUCAAGAUCGGCCGCGACUUGAACCACCUGAGCGGACUCGUACCGGACCGCGAGCGCAACGACGACGAUGAGGAUGAGAAUGAGCCGCUGGCGAAUUUGCCGACGAAGGGAUCGGCCUUGGGCGGGCAGAGCACGAUGAGCGGGAUGAGCGGGAUGUUCAUGCACCCAAUGGCGAUGGGGAUGGGCGGGACGUACUCGCCUCUUGCUGUCGCGCCGCCUGGCGUCGACCCGUACCUCUACGCCUCGCUCCCGCCCGACCAGAAGAUGUCGCUUCACCAGCGCGCCUCGCAGAUGAUGGCGAUGAUGCAAGAGGCCGCCGUCCGCGCCAAGGCGGAGAGCGUCGCCGGCAGCGCGAUGGGCGGCAGCGGGUCGAGCGACUUUGGCGGCGGCGGCGGCUCGAUGCGCGGCGGACAGAUGCCCAGCAUGAGUUUCGGCUCGUACGGCGGCAUGGGCGGGAUGUACGGCCAGCCUCAGCCGCCACACCUCUUCCAGCAGCAACACCACCACAUGCCUUCGCAGAGCAUGCACCUCCCGCCUUUCGCUCCGUCCUUCGCCAUGUCGCAACCUUUCUUCCAGCCUCAAGCACACCCCGGCUUCUACGGCAUGCCAGCUUACGCCGGAUCCGCCAUGGGCCUUCCCUCGGGACCCGCCUCGACGAUGGGCAUGCCCGGCACUCAACGUCCUUCCGCCGCUGGCAAGGCGAGCUCGGCCGUCGGUACAGGUCAACGACGUCGAUAG